UUCAUUUCUCCCAAAUUUGAACAAAUAACAAAUUAAAACUGCUAAAAUGCACACUACAAAAUUUUCAGAUGAACCAAAUUCUAACAAUGGUGCUAAAUUCAUGCAGCCCUUCAUCCCGGGUUUCUUCAACACCUUUUCAAUUCCGGUGUCAUUUAUGAAGCGUAUAGAGAUGGAGCUAGACGGUCAUCAAGUGGAGGGCGUGGCGCUAGUCACGGACGAUAACCACCAUUGGGCCGUAAAACUCGAAGGCGGCUGCCGUUUCAGAGAUGGUUGGAGGGAAUUUUGUGAGCAUAAUGAGUUGAGUGUUGGUGAUUUUUUGGUAUUUACACAAAUUUCUAAAUUGAUCUUCAGGGUUACUGUGUAUGAUCCUACUACUGCCUGUGCGCGCCAAUUUAGUAACGGGACAAAAAAGAGAGGAAACCCAAUGGAAGAAGAUGGUGCUGCAACGGCACAAUUGCCAUCAGCUGAAUCCAAAUAUCCGACCUACAAUGUCACUAUCAGUCCUACUGUCAUUAAAAUGGGUCAAGCGGUAAGUCCAUUUACGCCAUCGGCCCAUAUAGCGAACAAUGUACAUGUUAGCUCACUUUGCAAGUUUUUUAACUUAAAUUUGUGAGGUCGUCUUGUUUUCAGUUCCUAGUUUCCUACCAAUAAUUACUCUAGUCAUAAAUGACAAUAUCAUAUAUUUAUUGGUAACAUACUUUACACCUUGUGUAUUAUAUUGUAUCAACAUAAGAUUUUAAAAAACCAACACGACAACCCCGUUAAAACAUAAUGUUCAAAAUCCCACAUUAGAGGUUAUUGGGAUGAUACAUACAAGUAAUUACUUAAUUAUGAAGCAUUUAGCCACAUGUAUGUACAAAUUCACCCUCCUACUUCA